GCAGAGGGAGGCCCGGGCCGGCUAGGAAGUUCGUCCCCGCGGCCCCUCACCAUGGGCUGUCCCACGCGGGUGGUGCCGCUGUGCGUGUGCGUGUCUUUGCUGGGCGGCCUGACGUUCGGGUACGAGCUGGCGGUCAUCUCGGGCGCCCUGCUGCCCCUCACGCUGGAGUGGGGGCUGAGCUGCUGGGGACGGGAAGUGGUGGUGGGCAGCCUGCUCCUGGGGGCCUUCCUGGCCUCCCUGGCCGGGGGCUUCCUCAUCGACGGCUGCGGCAGGAAGCGGGCUAUCCUCGGGAGCAACGUGGUGCUGCUGGCGGGCAGCCUGGGCCUGGGCCUGGCUGGCUCCCUGGCCUGGCUCAUCCUGGGCCGACUGGCGGUGGGCUUUGCCAUCUCCGUGUCGUCCAUGGCCUGCUGCAUCUACAUGUCGGAGCUGGUGGGGCCGCGGCAGCGGGGCGUGCUGGUGGCCCUGUAUGAAGCUGGCAUCACCGGGGGCAUCUUGUUGUCCUACGCCCUCAGCUACGCCCUGGCGGGGGCUCCCGGGGGCUGGAGACACAUGUUUGGCUGGGCCCUGGCGCCAGCCGGCCUGCAAUCCAUCAGCCUCCUCUUCCUCCCCGCGGGCACGGGGGACUCCACUGCCCUGGGGGACCUGGUCCUGCUGCGUGACGCUGAGCUCACCACGCCGGGCCUGCCACGGCCCCGGUAUUCCUUCGCGGAUCUCUUCAGAGCCAGGGAUAAUCUGCGUGGCCGGACAGCGCUGGGCUUGGGGCUGGUGCUUUUCCAGCAGCUCACGGGCCAGCCCAACGUGCUGAGCUACGCCGCCACCGUCUUCCGAGCUGUGGGCUUCCAGGGGGGCUCUUCCGCCGUGCUGGCCUCCGUGGGGCUCGGCGUGGCCAAGGUGGCCGCCACCCUGGCCGCCAUGGGCCUGGUGGAACGCGCGGGCCGCCGGGUCCUGCUGCUGGCUGGCUGCGCGCUCAUGGCCCUGGCGGUCAGUGGCAUAGGCCUGGUCAGCUUCGCGGUGCCCGUGGGCCUGGGCCCCAGCUGCCAGGCCGUGCCAAGUGCCACUCAGCAGGCAGCCCUCCCCGGAGGCGCCUCCCUCCCUCCCAAUCAUGGAGCCAGCGGGGACCCAGGGCAGCUGAUCGGGUCACCCACGGAGACGGCCACGCCCCAUCCGGGAGCCAGAGGUGCCACCGCCUCCCCUGAGCCCCCCAGUCCUGCUGGGGAGCACCGCCUGCUGCGCUGGGCCGCGCUGGGCUGCAUGCUGGCCUUUGUGAGCGCCUUCUCCUUGGGGUUUGGGCCAGUGACCUGGCUGCUUCUCAGCGAGAUCUACCCCGCGGAGAUCCGAGGAAGGGCCUUUGCCUUCUGCAACAGCAUCAACUGGGCCACCAACCUCUUUGUCAGCCUCUCCUUCCUCCACCUGCUGGGUGCCCUUGGCGUGUCCUGGACCUUCCUGCUCUACGGGCUGACCGCUGCCCUCGGCCUGGCCUUCAUCUACUUCUUCGUUCCUGAAACAAAAGGCCAGUCGCUGGCAGAGAUAGAGCAACAGCUCCAGAACCUUCGGUUCCCCCUGGGCUCUGGCCACGGGCAGAGCUCUGCCAGCAUCCGGUACCGCCGUGUGGAGUUCUCCGAGGCUCCUGAAGGAGGAGAGGCUCCCGGGGCCCAGCUGAGCCAGGAGGGGCAGCAGGAGGCAAAGAGCAGGGCCGAGACCUGGCCUGGAGGCCCUGCCCAGGCCUGACUCAGCUACUCUGCAAGCAACUCUGCCCGGCCAAGCCUCGGUUUCGUCAUCCACAGAACGCGAACAACAGAACCCUCAGAGGGCUGCUGGCGAGAUUCAUUGAGAUACUGGACUGGACGGGAAACCAAUUUCAACACCUGGAGGGCUGUGCAGCCAUUGAAUGAGAGGGUCCAGGGCUGAGUGUGUCAGUGCAUGCCUGUAAUUCCAGUUACUCAGGGGGCAGAGAUAGAGCCUUCCAGUUGAGGAUAGUCACAAAAAAGAAAAGAAAGGGAGGAAGUAAUGAAGGAAUGAAAGAAAAGAAAAAGUUAGGGAGACCUUAUCUCCAACAAGCUGAGCAUGGCGGUCAUACCUGUAAGCUCAGCUGCAUAGGAGGUGGAGGUAAGAUUUGAGGCUUACCUGGGCAAAAACACAGGACUCUAUGCAGGGGGGGGGGGGACACAAGGUCUGGGGGGGUGUGCCUCAAGUGGUAGAGUGCUUGUGACAAACUCCAGUACUGCCAAAAAUAAAGAAUAAGGGGUCCACCGCACCUUUCUCCCCAGAAACGAAUAGGAUUUCCCAUCCUCCCCACCCCCAGGCCGCCCAGCACCUGCCCUGACCCACGACAGACUCAGUUUCCAUAUUUGUUCAUUUUCCUUCCCAGCUCAAAUACCUUCUGGUGCGUGGCCCGGGGGAGGUGGGGUUUUGGUGUGAGCACCAGAGCCGUCCUUUGGCCAGCAUUUAGCCCCGGUGUUGGGGCGCCAGGGCCUCCGGGACAGAGAGCUCACACGCGUGUGCGGUGUCACACCUGCGCCCCCUGUGGGAUUCUGCAGUGGAACUGCUGGCUUUGUGCCGCUCUUGGAUCCUCGCACAGAGCAGAUUCCCGAAUGGAUGAUUGGCCCAACUGACAGGUCAACGCCUGACAUGAAGUUAAACAACGCAACCCAGGUCUUGACCACGCGGUGAAUGGUGCUACGACAAUCAUCGGGGGCAACUUCGGGACAUUUCACGCCCCAAUUCCACGUGUUUAGUGUUAUUUGUAUCUCAAGAGCUUGGCUAGCUCGGACCUGCACGUUGCCAUCUGGCCACCAGGGGGCAGAGUUGUCUCAACAACGUUUUGCCUGUUGGCUGCAGACUCCCAAAUUCUCAUUGCAGCGUUCAGUGACUGGCAGAGAAGAUAAAGAGGUCCCCAAAAAGGGAUGGGAAAGGACAUUACCCCCCACCCUCAUUUAGAUCUCUGUACUGUCACACGUUCCUGUGAAUUCUCUGACAUCCUUGGGAAUUCUCUUAUUUUUGUAAUAAAGAGAUGAA